AUAAAUUUCCCAGCAUGCAACGCGUUCUUUUGCGCAGCCAACAUGGCGACUCAAGGUGAGGAGAAGAAGGAGAAGCAGAAUGUGAUGCGUGAGCUGCGCAUUCGCAAACUAUGCCUGAAUAUCUGCGUUGGUGAGAGCGGUGAUAGACUGACUAGAGCUGCUAAGGUUCUGGAACAACUGACUGGACAGACCCCUGUCUUCUCAAAAGCCCGUUACACCGUGAGAUCUUUCGGUAUCCGUAGGAAUGAGAAGAUUGCCGUUCAUUGCACCGUCAGAGGCUCCAAGGCUGAGGAGAUCCUAGAGAAGGGACUUAAGGUGCGUGAGUACGAGUUGAGGAAGGGCAAUUUCUCCCGUACCGGCAACUUUGGUUUUGGCAUCCAGGAACACAUUGAUCUUGGUAUCAAGUAUGACCCUAGCAUUGGUAUCUACGGUAUGGACUUCUACGUAGUGCUUGGACGACCAGGAUUCAACGUUAGACACAAGAGACGCAAGCAGGGACGUGUCGGAGCUAAGCACAGAGUCGACAAGGAAGAAGCCAUGAAGUGGUUCCAACAGAAGUACGAUGGUAUCCUUCUCCCAGGAAAGUAAACGCAUAACAUUGUCACCAUGAUCAAGGUAGCACACUGCUAGGUACCAGACUAGACCUACAUUCUUCAUCACACAGGAAGGGGACAUUUGUAUAAAACCAACCAUUAAUAAGUUAACAGUGUAAUGACUUCUGCUUCGAUUUGACAAUAAAUGCAACUUGUAGCCAGUUGACAGUCAACUCA